UAACUCUGUCAUCCCCGCUGGGUUCGUGGAAACUUCUCAACCUCACAGCGUCAGAGGAACAGCAAUGGCGACAAGGAGCCCUGGGUUUUCACGGACCCAAACAAGCAGAGGAAAUUCAUGCAAAAACAUUUUUAAUAAAAUCCGGCAAGGCCAAAUCACGGGUGUUGGGUUGACUAGAGGGUCUCAGUUUCCUGUGGCUCUGCUGGAAGAGAGAGAUAAAAGAGCUCAAUGGCAGGGGAUACCAGUGUUAUUGAGGAGACUUCAUGAGAGCAGCCAUCCUAACAGCGAUCUCGCUAAGAUUCACAGCAUGGUCAUGGAGCUGUCAUCAUUGCUGUCUAUGGAGGCUAUGUCAUUUGUCACAGAGGAGCGCAAAACACCACAGGAGUCGAUUUCUCCAAAUACAUAUACGUUUGACUUGUUUGGAGGAGUUGAUUUAUUUGUAGAGAUUCUGAUGCGGCCAACGCUCACAGUACAGGGAGACCUACCCAUACUGAGUGACGAUCUCAUCAAGGAUUGUCUAAGCGUUCUGUACAACUGCUGUAUAUGUACAGAGGGCGUUACAAAAAGCCUUGCAGCGAGGGAGGAUUUCGUCACGUUCCUGUUCACUCUCAUGUCCAAUAAAAAGGUUUUCCUACAGACUGCCACUCUUAUUGAGGACAUUCUGAGUGUUCGAAAGGAAAUCAUCCAGCUUGAAGAAAUUCCAAAUUUGGCCAGUCUGGUCCAGAGCUUCAACCAGCAGCAGCUGGCCAACUUCUGUCGUAUCCUCUCAGUCACCAUAUCAGAGCCAGAUGUGGGUGUAGAUGACAAACACACCCUCCUGGCCCGCAGUACCCAGCAAAAGACCAGCACAUGCCCAUCACGCGCCGAGAGCAACCAAGUGACUCUGGUGAAUAUCCCAGGCUUUAUUGAGCGUCUUUGUAAGCUUGCCACAAGGAAAGUUACAGAGGCGGCAGAUGCCUCUCCCCGACUGGAGCUGGAGGACUGGCACAGUUGGCUUGACAAUGCAUUGGUUCUGGAUGCUCUCAUGCAGUUAGCAAUCGAGGAAGCAGAGCAGAGCAGUACAGAGUCAUCUGAUGAGAGCUCCUUGUCCUCUAGUCCGCUCAGACACAGGCUGCCCCAGUCUAUGAAGAUCGUACACGAGAUCAUGUACAAAGUGGAGGUUCUCUAUGUACUGUGUGUGCUGCUUAUGGGCCGACAGAGAAAUCAGGUUCACAGAAUGUUGGCAGAGUUCAAGUUAAUUCCAGGUCUCAACAACCUGUUUGAUAAGCUGAUCUGGAGAAGGCAGCCUUCUGGUCACGUCUUACAUCGGCAGAACCAGAACUGUGACUGCAGUCCAGAGAUCUCUUUCAAGAUCCAGUUCCUUAGGCUGCUGCAGAGCUUCAGUGACCACCAUGAGAAUAAAUACCUUCUUCUAAGUGGACAGGAACUGAAUGAACUGAGUGACAUCUACCUGAAUGCAAACAUCUUUGAAAUGGAGGCACUGAAUAACACAGACAGGAGCCUUGUCUGUGAUGGUAAAAAGGGUCUUCUUACACGGUUAAUCUCAGUCAUGAAGAAAGAGCCAAUUGAUUCUUCAUUCAGGUUCUGGCAGGCAAGAGCCGUGGAGAGUUUUCUGAGAGGAACGCCAUCAUAUGCUGAUCAAGUGUUUCUUCUCAGAAGAGGCUUGUUAGAGCAUAUUCUAUAUUGCAUCAUCGACAGUGGCUGCAAGUCACAUGACGUCCUUCAGAGCUACUUUGACCUACUUGGUGAGCUUAUGAAAUUCAACAUUGAUGCCUUCAAAAGAUUUAACAAAUACGUCAACACGGAGGAGAAGUUUCAGAUGUUCCUAACUCAGAUCAACAGCUCUCUGGUAGACUCUAACAUGCUGGUGCGAUGUAUCGUCCUGUCUCUGGACCGCUUUGAGAGCCAGACGAAAGAUGUGAAAGUGGUUGAAGUGUUUUCAGAGUGUCGCCUCUUGUCCUACAUGGCUCAAGUGGAAAACAGGUUGUCCUUCCUUUUCAGACUGACCAGCAUCAUCAAUGUCCAAACCCUCACUCAGGAGAAUGUGAGCUGUCUGAACACCAGUCUGGUGCUUCUGAUGCUGGCACGGAGGCGGGGUAAGUUGCCUUUCUAUCUGAGCGCUCUUCGAGAGAAGGAAUAUGCAGAGAAAUACCCCGGCUGCCUGCUCAACAACUUCCACAACCUGCUGCGCUUCUGGCAGCACCACUACCUCAACAAGGACAAGGACAGCACCUGCCUGGAGAACAGCUCUUGUAUUCCCUUCACCUACUGGAAGGAGACGGUCUCAGUGCUGCUGGGCUCUGGAAGAAGCUCACGCUGUGCUAUUGCCUCCUACAUUGAUGAAGCCUACAGGGACCUGGACAGAGACUUCCUGGAGCUGUGACUGUAGAGACUGAGAGGACUCUCUUUACAUCAGAAUUACAUCAUGCCUAAAUUUAUAAGACCUAGUUCAUUCAGAUGCAUUACAGAAUAGGUGUGUGUGUGUGUGUGUGUGUGUGUGUGUGUGUGUGUGUGUGGAUGCAAGUGUAUCUGGGUAUUCAUGGUGCUGAGGGUAUUGAUCUGCUCGUGUUCAAUAGCAUGAAUGUAUGUUGGCUCAAAGUAUUAAAUGUGAAAUGAAUGUGCUUGGGAAUAUGUAAUGCCACUGUAGGUGUGUUUGUAUUUGCAGUGGCACUAGGGUCUGGAUGUUUUUUUUAGUUGGUAGAGUUACAGCUGCCUUGUUCUCUAGUGCUGAAUUCUCUCGCCUCCUGUUGGUUGGCUUGUCAGUUACGCAUUCAGGCAUGACAAACUCCUGGAAGUAGUCAGGAAGAGCCUCACUGCCCACUGUCCCUUACUGCAAAAAAAAAAAAAAAGACUAUUUAAUUCAGGGACAUUCUAAUGUCUAAUAUUGGUGAUUGGCUUAGUUUACAUACUGCCUGUAUAUUUAUGUUCUUAUGUAUGUAGUUCUCACUUGACCUAAAAUUUUAAAUUUUCAGCCCCAAACUCACAGAAUGACAACACAAAAUCAACAGAAGAAAAUAAAGGUCUUGUUUUAUCACAA